AUGCAGGAUAUGUUGGAUGACAUCCGGGCAGGCACCUUCGAUGAUGCGCCCCAAGAUAGCACUCCUGCAGCAAACAGGCCACGAGAGACGGUAGAUUCACCAUCUUUCGAGCAACUACUAGAGGAUGCCCGACGUCCGUUAUUUGAUGGGUGUACAAAAUUUUCCAAACUGUCAUUCGUUGUCAAGUUGUUACACAUCAAAUCGAUCGGUGGGUGGUCUAUUAAGUCAUUUGACAUGCUACUUGAUUUGUUGAGGUCUGCCUUUCCUGAUGCCCUAUUGCCACAAUCAUAUGAGGAGUCAAGGUCGUUGGAGCGCGGUUUGGGCUUCAAAUACCACAAAAUCCAUGCGUGCCCCAACGACUGCAUGUUAUUUUGGAAGGAAAAUGCAGCUCUUAAUGAAUGCCCUGUAUGUAAGGCUUCGAGGUGGAUACCAAAUACACACGGACAGCGUGCGGUACCUCAAAAAGUGUUGCGUCACUUUCCUUUGAAACCGAGAUUGCAGCGUCUCUUCAUGUCUGCAAAGAUAGCAGGUGAUAUGCGAUGGCACAAAGAGCAGCAGACGAAAGAAGAUACUUGUAUGAGACAUCCGGCCGACUCUGAGUGCUGGAAGAAAUUUGAUGAAGAUCAUGGCUGGUUCGCUUCGGAUCCUCGCAAUGUUAGGCUCGGUCUGGCAAGUGAUGGCUUCACUCCAUUCAACAACUUGGCUAAACCUCAUAGCAUUUGGCCAGUCAUCCUUGUCCCCUAUAACUUGCCGCCGUGGUCAUGCAUGAAAGACCAAUUCUUCAUGACAUCUCUGAUUAUUCCUGGCCCAAGGUCACCAGGGAAUGAGAUUGAUGUAUACUUGCAGCCGUUGAUCGAUGAACUGCUUGAAUUUUGGGAAGAUGGGGUACCUACAUAUGAUGCCUCAACCAAGGAGACGUUUAUGUUGCAUGCUGCCUUAUUGUGGACAAUCAACGAUUUUCCUGCCUACGGGAAUCUGUCUGGCUGGUCAACAAAGGGAAAAUUGGCUUGUCCGUCUUGCAAUGCAGACACAGACUCUAAUUGGUUGAAAUAUGGCCGAAAACAUUGUUACAUGGGACAUCGUCGUUUCUUACCCCCAGAUCACAUAUGGAGAAGGAGGAAAUGGUUGUUCAACGGUAGAGAAGAUCAUCGCAUGCCACCAAGGGAAUUUGGUCCUGAAGAGAUUCAAAAUCAAUUGCAGAUGAUUGGGGAUGUUCAGUUUGGCAAAUCUCAUAGGAAGAAAAAACGAACUGCUGAAGAGCUGAACUGGACAAAGUGGAAAAGUAAGGAUAACAUCAAUUCAAGGCGUGACUUAGAGCUUUUGGGCUAUAGAAAAGAAUUACACUUGAUAUGGCAUGGUGAUCGUAUGGGUUCGCUUCCAAUAUCUCGAACUGUGUAUCUCGACGUGAACUGCAAAAUCUCAGGGUUGAAAAGCCAUGACAGUCACGUUUUCCUUCAAAGACUACUCCCUAUUGCUGCUGGGGGGUAUUUAAGAAGUGACAUUGGCUUGGCUUUGACUGAACUUGAUAUUGAGACGAGGUUUAGUCGACCGGACCGCAACAUUGAUGCUGACGAAGAGGGCACGUUAGAUGGGUUCAAAAUUUUCAACCAGAAAGUUCGUCCCUUGGGUAUGCCUUCGAACGUGCAAUUAGAAGAUAAAGUAUUUAGGGCAGCCAUCUGGGAACACUACGAUAAAUGUAAGGUGCAACACCCAGAUUGCAUCGAGCGCACGCACCAAACUGAGUUCCCAACUUGGUUUAAGCAACGUAUCCAGGAACAUCGAACCUCGCAUACACUUGAUGUGUCCGCUGAUCUGUACGCGUUAGCUUGCGGGCCUGACCGUUGGGUUGCAACAUAUGUUGCUUGCAUAAUAAAUGGAAAAAGGUUUCAUACGAAACAGCGUGAACUUCACCGUCGUACACAAAAUUCUGGAGUGGUGGUAACUGGUGAUGAGGCCACAAAUAAUUUGGACUUCUAUGGAGUUAUUAAUAAUAUUGUAGAGUUACGCUACAUGGAGUGGCGUCGGGUGUACCUGUUUGAAUGCGAUUGGUUUGAUGUUGGUGAUCGAAAACGAGGGGUGCGGGUGGAUGACCAUAUGAUUAGUGUCAAUAUGAACAGGACUUGGUAUAAAGAUGAACCAUUCGUGUUGGCGAGCCAGGCUGAUCAAUGUUUCUACAUAAGAGAUUUAAGGGCGAAAGGGAAUUGGGGUGUUGUGCAGAACUAUGCAAACAGGAAUGUAUACAACAUUCCGCCACUGCCGAGAGUUCUUGAAGUACUUGAUGGGGAAUCAAGUACUCCUGAUGCCGAUCAAGAAGAUGAGCCAUCAUAUUAUUAUGAACCAGUGCAGUGUGAUAACACAGAUCAAGUGGCAACUCAACUGAAUAGGCCUGAGAUACUACCUAGCCAUGUAGAUGCACGAGAAAUCAUGGAUCCGGUUGGUCAACGCAUAGAUUCAACAGGCUUUAUCAAUGAUGACAUGAUCACUUCUGAGUCUGGAAAUGCGGCCAGUGAGGGGGAAUAUUCAGAUGAAGAGGACCUAUCAACAAAUGAGGGGGAACAUUCAGAUGAGGAUGGGCACACAACAUCUGAUGAGUUACGUUCAAUAUUGGGAGGCUGUGUCAACUGGGAUGCACUAUGCCGUAUCAAGGUAAUCAGCCGGGACCCAGUUCAAGAGGUGGAGGCAGACUUCGAGGCCUUCGAGGUGGAAGGCGUUAUAUCCCAUACUCAGCUCGUCACUGCCGACCACGCGGUGCGAAAUUAUCUUCAUAUCAUAGCACGGAGGAGUCUGCAGAUGCCCCAGUGGAGACCGAAGGAACGCAAGAACAGAGGAGACGAACUCGAGGGCCAUCUAGAUGCAUUUUCUUUGACAAGCUAA